GCCAUUUUUUAACGUUCUAAUUUCAAAACUUAUGUUUUAGUGACACAGUUUCGCGGCACAGGAAUUAGCAUUGCUCAUCCUAUUUCCAUUAGUAAAAGUGCUAGUAAUUAUGACAAUGAUUAGAGUAUUUCGUGUGCGGACUGUUUUGCGUGUGUUUGUGUUUCUGUUUUUAUUAUUAAAUGUUAAAGGAUGUUGUUUAUCUGAGUGGGACUUAGAUUUCUUGACUGAUGACCUUUUUCCUGUGGUUUCUCCUAUACUGGCCAGCACUAAGUCUUUAUUAGAAGAUUUGUUUAAAACUAAUUCUUACGACGACGAGGAAGGUCCGAUUCCCUCCGAUGUUGUAGCCGAAUGCAUCCGACGUGGUCGCGAGCUCUCCAGAGCGGCUGCACGACGAGGCAACGAGCUGGUAGGCAGCGGCGUCAGUCUAGAAGAUUCUUCUCCGGCAAUGCUCCACUUCUUCUCCGCUAACUUGCCUCCAGAAGUGAAGAAGGCGUGUGAUACUUCCCACGAGAUUCUCGCCGCUACUAAGCUGCUGCAGAUGAAAAUGUAUUCUGGCACCGGCACAACUCCAAACACAUUCACCUCGUUCCUCGAACACCAAGGCAUCCGUAUGAAGGACGCUCCGUACUGCAAGCAGAAGCUGACAUGCUGCCCCAGCAAAUACCGGACUAUUGAUGGCACGUGCAACAACGAGGAGCAUCCUGAGUGGGGCAGGAGGGGAGCGCCGUUUACUAGGAUAGCAUCGCCGCGGUAUGCUGAUGGUAUCUAUGCCAUGCCAGUAGCAAAAAGCGGUCGUCAACUACCGAACCCUCGCGUGCUCUCCACCCGUCUGUUCUCAGACCAGCCGAUAGGCAGCCGGGUGCUCAGCAACAUGAACAUGCAGUGGGGGCAGUUCAUCACGCAUGACCUGCUGUUUCAGGUUAUGGAAGUCACUGACAAAGGAGGCAUCCAAUGUUGCCUAGCCAACGGCAGAGAGAUGCUGCCUACAGAGUGGCAGAACGACAAAUGUAUCCCGAUCUCAGUGCCUGAAGACGACCAGUUCUACCGAUACCAUGGCAUCAAGUGCCUUAACUUCGUAAGGAGUGUCACGACUCCUAGAGAUGACUGCAGCCUGGGUCAUGCGGAGCAGAUGAACACAGUCACCAGUUACCUGGACGGGUCUCCAAUCUACGGGUCUGAUAAGAAGCUGGCCUCGAAGCUUCGCAGCAGGUCAGGGGGACGGCUGCGACAGGAGACCAGGAAGGACUGCCUCCGAGGGUUCCUGCCGAGUGUCAGUGAUAAGGCUGCUGUCUGCGACUUGAGGAACUCCUCGGAACCUUGUUAUUUAGCUGGUGACGUCAGAAUCAACCAAACACCAACCCUCGCGAUGCUUCACACACUGUUCUUAAGGGAACAUAACCGGAUAGCCGACACCCUGAGCGACUUGAACCCGCUGUGGAGUGACGAGAAAUUGUACCAGGAGGCGCGGAGGAUCGUCAUCGCUGAGAUACAGCAUAUUACGUACCAGGAGUGGCUGCCUGCUAAUUUCGGUGAAUACUACCUUCGUUACUACCGCAUAUCUCCCUCCACAUUAUUCACUCGUGACUACAACCCUGACGUGAACCCUGGAGUCAUCAACGGCUUCGGAGCGGCCGCCUUCCGAUUCCUGCACACCCUCAUCACUGAUAAUAUUAUGACGUGCCCUAGUAGCUACAAUGCUGCUUAUUUGUACAGAUUAAGCGACUACUACUUCAACCCAAGCCUCUUGGAGACCACUCUGGAGUCAUUUGACGAUAUAGUCCGCGGCAUCAUAGCCCAGAACGAGGGGGAAUCAGACCCCUUCUGUUCGGGGGAGAUCACCAACUUGCUGUUCAAGUCAAACAAUAAAUGGGGGAUGGACCUCAUAGCUAUGGACAUACAGAGGGGCAGGGAUCAUGGCAUCGCUUCUUAUAAUGAUUACAGAGAGAUUUGCGGACUACCAAGAGCAAGAUGCUUCCAGGACUUAGCAAACGAGAUACCACAAGAUCGCAUAAACGCCCUCCAAUACCUAUACGAGUGUGUGGAUGACAUCGACCUAUUCGUGGGCGGUGCGAUGGAGCGUGACGUGUACGGCUCCAUACUGGGACAUACCUUCCAGUGCAUCGUGGCUGAACAGUUCUACAGGACUAGACUUGGCGAUCGGUUCUUCUAUGACAAUGGGGAGAUGCCGCAUUCUUUUACUAGUGACCAACUAAAAGAAAUAAAGAAAGCAUCAAUGGCUCGUCUGAUCUGCGACAACACAGAUGGAGUAUACUACGUGCAGAAGAAAGCUUUCGAGGUAGAAUCGGCCUACAAUCCUAAGUACAGAUGCGACGAUUAUAAUGCUAUACCGUAUGUCGACCUUACCGCUUGGAAAACACCGUCUAUUUUUGAUUGAAGACUAUGAACUAGGGUAACUUGGAACUCGAAUAUCAACAAUCUCGAAGCGAA